UAAUCGAAUGAGAGUCACCCUUGCGAAGGUUGGAAUUUAACAAAACAUGCAGGAGCAACGAGUGCGGUGGUGCAGCUUGUUGGUUAUCGUAGUGGCCGGCGCCAUCUGGCAGGUGUCCCUGGGCAUCAGCAACAGUGAGCGCCGCUUCCAGUGCCUCCGGACGCGGAUGGUAGGCCAGACGAACUGCUCGCCCUGCUCCGAACAGUACGUCUUCAAUCGGAGCAGUGGCUAUCGGAGAUGUGAGCACGUCAACGGACGCUGCUUUCCGCAUCGCACGGUUUUUGCCAACGCCCGCCUGUGCGAGAUCAUCUGCCAGCCGUUCAUUCAGCGACCCACCCUCCACGAGGUGACCACCACAGCGAAACCGAUCAUAGAGCCCUUUCCGGACAGCGAGGAGGAAUUCUAGUCAGGUUUCAACAAAAGGUUUUAUUCAAUUAACUUUGGGUAUGGGAAUAUUCGAUCAAUGGUAAUGAUUCGUAUGGCAAUGGCUAACAAUCCUUUCAGGAGAUUCAGAUUUAAUAGGGCACACUCGUGUUGAAUGCCACUUCCAACGCGGUCACUGCAAAUAUAAAGAGAUUAAAAUUAAACAGCAAAA